AUGAACGGCUUUCAGAGUGGUGUACAGGUGUUUAUCCCAGCGGCGCUCAAUAGACCCACGCAUACACUAUACAGCAUCUGCAUGCUGGUGCAGCCCACUAACCAGGAAUGGACAGUCAACCGUCGCUACUCGCAGUUCCUACAGCUACGUAAGGACAUCCAGCACAAACUAGUCUCGCGUGGCGUCUCGUGUGCAAACUGCGCCAGCUUUAGCCUCGCCAUCAGCAAAUUCCGCUUUCCAGGUAAGUCGCUGCUGCGCACCAACUCGGUGGUGCGCCGUCGUGUCUCAUCUCUGCAGGACUUCCUCAAGCUGCUCGUGGAACGUGUGUACAAUGACGUCCCCAAGUGCGGCAUUUGCGGUGAAGAGAUAAAAGACAUAAUGCGGCCGUUCUUCAUUCGAGGAGCACAGCCAAUGAACGGUUCAAUUCUUUCCAAGAUAUACAAGUCUUUAUCGCUGGAUUCGUAUGUUGUGGUGGAUCAGCCGGUGAUGCCUGUAGUGGAAUCGUUACCGCCAAUUUCGCCUUCACUGGCUGGCAGGGAACUUUUCAGCGCCAGCAAGUCGUCGAGCAAGCCAAUUUUCACACACAGUCAGGUUUUAGGCGGCAAGUCCAUCUUUUCCGGGAGCAAGGUGAUGCUGAGUACUACAUCCGGUUAUGCAUCCACUCAGCCAACCGAGUCGGAAGAUCCCAUCAGGGAUUACUCAGACAGCGACGAUGACGGCUACGGUAAGAAGUACGACGAUCAAUACUGCUAUGAUGAAGGUAUUCCUCUUGAAGACGCCAUGAAACAGGUCGUGUUGCCCGAGGGAGCUCGUCUUACGUGUGAAGAAGUCGUGGUCCGACUUACAUCAAUGUGGGCUACGUUCGACCUCGAGGAGGCUCUUUCAUCCUUACCACCCGACCGGCUUUCACAAAAAGCCCACUUUGCUAUAGACGAAAAAGAAUACGCGUUUUAA